GAGAGAGAGAGAGAGAGAGAGAGAGAGAGAGAGAGAGAGAGAGAGAGAGAGAGAGAGAGAUGCAUGUAGUGUCCGGCGGCAGUGUCCAAAUGGCGCUGGCGCUGAAGCACGCCGCGCUGUGCCUGAUGCUGCUGCCGCGCUUCCUGCUGGCCGCAGUCAUGCUGUGGAUCUUGGAUUUCCUGUGCAUCCGCAAAAAAGUGCUGCUGAGGAUGGGCCAGGGUGAGGGCGGCCCGGACGACCCGCCGGUGUGCGUCUCGGACUCCAACAAGAUGUUCACCCUGGAGUCGCUGCGCGCCGUGUGGUACGGGCAGAAACUGGACUUUUUCAAAGCGGCGCACGUUGGCCACAGCGCGCCCAACACCGAGGUGGUGGCGGUGCAGGACCGCCAGACCCUGCGCAUCCUGGACUGCAUGCGGGGCAAGAGGCCGCUCAUUCUGAACUUUGGCAGCUGCUCCUGACCGCCGUUCAUGACGCGCCUGGCCGCGUUCCGGCGCGUGGCGAGCCAGUACGCGGACAUCGCGGACUCGCUGCUCGUGUACAUCGAGGAGGCGCAUCCGUCCGACGGCUGGGUGAGCUCCGACGCGCCGUACCAGAUCCCCAAGCACCGCUGCAUCGAGGACCGGCUCCGCGCGGCGCAGCUGAUGCUGUCCGAGGUGCCGGGCAGCCAGGUGGUGAUCGACACCAUGGACAACUCGUCCAACGCGGCGUACGGCGCCUACUUUGAGAGACUUUACAUCUUGAGGGACCAGCGUGUGGUCUACCAGGGCGGCCGGGGUCCCGAGGGGUACCGCAUAUCGGAGCUCAGAGAUUGGCUGGAGCAAUACCGGCACGAUCUCGUGAGUUCCAAAACAGCUGUGCUCCAUGUUUAGUUGGGGGGGGG